AUGUCGACCACCUCUUCUGCUGAUGGUAAUGAUCCAACGAGCAUCCGUGGUACAUUGCCCAGCGGAGACAGUGGCAGUUCCUCACCUUGCCAUGGAUCUUCGCGACCCAUCGAGCCUAUUGCUAUUAUAGGCAUGAGCUGUCGUCUACCGGGCAGUGCUAGUGAUCUCACUGGCUUCUGGGAAAUGCUUCGCAACGGGCGAACCGCUUGGACACCGGGUCCAGGAAGCCACUUCAACAUGAAGGCAUUUCAAGAUGCAUCCGGAGAAACUGCCGACAGUACCAAUGUUCUGGGAGCACAUUUUCUCAAAGGAGAUGUUCGCGCAUUUGAUGCAUCUUUCUUUGGCCUCAACGCAUUGGAAGCUUCAGCCAUGGACCCGCAGCACAGGCUUCUGCUAGAGAUUGCAUACGAGGCAUUUGAGAAUGCUGGAAUCACCAUAGAUUCGCUAUGGGGGUCGAAAACUGGUGUCUACGUUGGCCAAUGGACUACUGACUACCACGAGGUUGCUACACGGGACGUCCUUUACCCUCCAAAGUAUCUGGUGACCGGGACUGGCCCAGCCAUUUCUUCUAACCGUAUCUCCUACUUCUUCAAUUUGCAUGGUCCGAGUUUCACUCUCGACACCGGGUGCUCGUCAAGCUUGGUAGCACUUCAUCAAGCCAUCCACAGUCUGCGGAGUGGCGAAGCAUCGCAAUGUUUUGUCGGCGGCGUCAACUUGCUUCUUGACCCCCAGCGCUUUGUGUAUCAGAGUAAGCUGUCUAUGUUUUCUACCGAGGGACGGUGCUUCUCCUUCGACGCCCGUGCAAACGGCUACGGACGCGGCGAGGGUUGCACUGGCGUGGUGCUGAAACCUCUAUCAGCGGCUUUGAGGGAUAAUGACCACAUCCGAGCCGUGAUUCGCAACUCUUCGGUUACGCAAGACGGGCGAACACCAGGUCUGACGGUUCCCAGCGCUGCUGCUCAGAUUGAGGCAAUUGAGAGGGCUUAUAGACAAGCUUCAAUGGUUCCGAAGGCUGACUAUGUCGAGGCGCAUGGCACCGGAACCAAGGUCGGUGAUCCUAUCGAAGUCAGCGCAAUUGCUGCUGCGUUCCAGCAACACAACAAAUCCGCCGGACCGUUGCCAAUUGGCUCCGUGAAGGGGAACAUUGGCCACACGGAAGCCGCUGCUGGUCUCGCAGGCUUGAUCAAAUCCGUUCUCAUGCUUGAGAAAGGAAUGAUACCACCGCAAGCGAAUUACAAAAUUACGAACCCGGCAAUUUUACUCGAUGAGUGGAAUAUGAGAAUCCCGACCAGGUUAGAAGAGAAAAGACUUCGCAGAAUUUCAGUCAACAGCUUCGGAUAUGGUGGAACAAAUGCCCACGUCAUCGUGGAUGAAGCCACAAGCAUGCUGUCGACCUGGUUGUUAUCCUCCCCGUCUUUAGACCAAAGACUAUCCCCUGUGGAUUGCAAGGAAACUCAACGCGUCUUCUUCCUGAGCGCGGCAAGUGAGAAAUCUCUUCAGACGAUGUGCAAGGGGUUGAGUCGAUACCUGAUUGCACACCGUCGAGGAGGAAACGAGAACCUGUUACUCCCCCGCCUGGCUCACACCUUGGGAAAACAAAGCGUUCAUCCUUACCGAAUGUCACUGGUUGCGUCGAACAUCCAAGACUUGCUCCAGCAGUUGGUUGUCUCCGAAUCAUCUUCGAUCCCCAAAUGUCAGAACAAAGGCGAGCCACGCAUUGGUUUUGUUUUCAGCGGACAAGGAGCCCAAUAUGCCGAGAUGGGUCGUCAUCUCCUCAUUUACCCAAGAUUUCGGCAAUCAAUGGAACAAGCGCGAGAGCAUCUUGGUCGCCUUGGCUGUUCAUGGGAUCUCCUGGAAGAACUCAGCCGGUCCGGAGAGGCAUCUCGCAUCGAUGAGCCCGCUAUUUCUCAGCCGUCGUGUACCGCUAUUCAACUCGCCUUAGUUGAUCUCUUGGCUGAAUUUGGUAUCUCGCCAUGUGCCGUUGUCGGACACUCCAGUGGAGAAAUAGCAGCCACUUACGCUGUUGGUGCUGUCUCGUUUGAUGAUGCCAUGGCCAUCUCGUACUUCCGUGGCAAGGUCACCAGCGAGCUGCUUGCAGGCGAAUCGCAUCGACUAGGCGCUAUGCUUGCGGUUGGCAUUGCUCCAGAGAUUGUUGAAGAGCAUAUCGCCAGGACGACAGCAGAGCACGGGAAAAUGAGAAUAGCUUGCUUCAACAGUCCUCGCAGUGUCACUGUUUCUGGGGAUGCAACUGCCGUCGACGAAUUGAAGAAUGCCCUUGAUUCAAAUGGCUAUUUCAACCGCAAACUGAAGACAAAUGGGGCUGCCUACCAUUCACAUCACAUGGAGGCGAUAGAAAAGUCAUACGCCGAGUUGUUGGGAAAUCUGCAACCAAUGUCGCAAGAGGCGAAGAGUCGCUUUUUCAGCACAGUCACUGGCAAAGAGUUUUCCGACCUGAGUAAAAUAUCUACAAGCUAUUGGACCAAGAAUCUCUUGAGUCCGGUACUAUUCACACAAGCUUUGUCUCAAGUGAUCGAGCAGACAUUCGACGGUCAGAAGCUCGAUGUUGUUCUUGAACUUGGUCCCCAUUCACAGAUGGGCGGGCCAGUCAAACAAAUCCUCAAGGAAGGUCCCAAGGACCACAGCCAGAUCAAGUAUAUGAGUUGUUUGACAAGAGGGAAGAAUGCUGAGGUGGCACUACUCGAGACGUUGUCGCAGUUAUGCAUCCAAGGUCGCUUAAUCCCGCUUCAUCAGCUCAACAGAUAUGAGGCCCACUCUCCACCGAGCCUAUUGGUGGACCUUCCUCCAUACCCAUUUGAUCAUGCAAGAACAUUCUGGCAUGAAUCAAGAGUGUCCAAGAAUUACAAAAAUCGCAAAUAUCUGCCACAUGAGCUUUUGGGUGCACUUUCACCAGAGGGGAAUCACUUGGAACCACGUUGGCGCCACUUCUUGUCUCUAAAGCAGAGCCCGUGGCUCAAAAAUCACAUCGUACAGGGACAAAUCGUGUUUCCUGCUGCCGGCUACCUCACCAUGGCAAUACAGGCCAUACAACAACACACCCAAGCGAUGAAACCUACAGCUCAAGUCGAGAGUGUUGUUCUGCGAAAUGUCAACAUCGGAAAGGCACUCCUUCUCCACGAGGAUGGCCCCAACGUGGAGAUUGGGCUAUCACUUCGCCCGCAAUCAACGUCAGCUCGAGACUCAUCUCCUAUCUGGAGCGAGUUCCGAGUCUUCUCAACAUCACCUGAAGACAAGUGGACAGAGCAUUGCAGAGGCCUAGUCCGAGCCAUCACUGAAAAAGAAGAGGGUCAUGACGUGAUUCUCCCAUUUCGAAGCAUUCAAGACGCAGGCGCCACAUGCUCUCGCCGGGUCACUCCAAGCAAAUUCUACCACCUCAGUCGGCAGGUGGGUAUUGAUUGGCAGCAGCCCUUUGACAACUUGUCUGACAUAAGAACUGGCAACGGUGCGUCGAUGGCUACUGCAUGCGCAACUAUGUGUCCUACCAAGAGUGGUGCAGGGGACUCUCUCCACGCCUCUUUGCUGGAUUCCACCUUAUUCCAAGGUUACUUCGCAUACCUUCUCCUCGAAACUGGUCUUGGUUCGCCGGCUGUCCCAACUUUCAUAAAGGAGAUGCGAGUUGUCAAUAAGCCUGUGGCAUCCGGCACAGAGCUGGUCAGCACUGCAGUCAGCAACCCAGAGGAUCGAUACACAUAUGACAUCGUCAUUCAAGACUCUGGCCUUCUUGAAGAUGCUUUGAUUCAAGCCCAAGGAGUAAGCGUCACGAAAUUGCCAGGGGACGCUCCCAGGAGCUUUGAAGAUGUUUGCUUCGCAGUUGAUUGGGUUCCCUACGUGGACAGCUGGCAACCGGAGAGUCGAGACAGAUUCUGCCAGACAAGAGCAUCGCCUGUGACACCUUUGAGAUCGAGUCAAUACUUGGAUGGUAUUGCGGUGCGGUAUAUACAGGAAGCACUGUCAACAGUGAAGUUGGCCGAGAUUCCGGAUACGUACAAACCCAUUGUCCGCCGCUUGCAAACCUGGGCACAGAGCUCAGCAUCAAGCCCAUCGCCUUUAUCCAAGAAUCCGGAAGUCGUGGAUGCCACCGACCUCGAAAGCAUUUUGGUCAAGAUUGGUCCUCAUUUGGCAGAUAUCCUUGCAGAAAAGGUUUCUCUGCUGUCGUUGAUUACUGCAGAGGACUUCGCUCAAGUGUACAACUCAGAUGAAUCCAAGCAGUGUAUCCACCACAUAGCGGAAUAUUGCCACGCGCUCGGCAGCCUGACACCUCGGUUGAAAGCGCUCAUGGUUGGCCCAGCCAUCACGGCUGGCGCAAGACCUAUUGUGAAUGCAUUCAAUGGAAGAGAGGGCCGCUAUCUCAGCAAAUGCGACCUGGCCGGCAUAUCUCCAGGCUGCUUUGAGACUGUCAAGGAGGAGCUUGGUAAUCUCGAGGAUGUGCUGGAGCUUCGAGAUUGGGAUCUUGGCAUGACCGAACAAGGACUUGAAACAGCCAGUUAUGACCUAAUCAUUGCUUCUCACGCCGUCAAGAGCGUUGAGAGUAUCGACUCGGUCCUUUCUGAACUCAAGGGACUGCUGAAGCCAGGUGCAAAGCUCAUCCUCAUCGCUGUCACGCGAGAGACGCUACACUACGACCUUCUGUGUGGUUUGUUCGAAGCCCAGAUGUUCAAGCAAGAAAAAGGUCAGGAAUUUCAGAUGCUGUCUCCAGUCAUUCCGCGCGAGCUUUGGUUGGUCAAACUGAAGGAGGCAGGGUUCUUUGACCCAAACGUCUGUUUUGAGAGCGAAGUCGCAGACGAACAGAGUGCAUUGAGCGUCUUCAUGGCAGAGGUGCCCUGGAAUUCCGUGCCAGAUGUCGUACCACGGAUGGACUUUGUUACGACCGAUCGCGAUCCUUCGGAAGUUAUGGCGAUUAACCACCGCCUGAGCCCGAUCAUGGCUGCUCUUCCAGAGUUGCAGGUGUCAGUACACUCGGUGACCGAGCCUUCUUCCGGACACAACAUGGCAAUCAUCCUGCCAGACGUGGCUCGAAAAAUGUGUUUCAACCCCGAGACGUCAUGCUGGCUGAGCUUCAAGAACUGGCUGUUGAAAGCUCGCAUUGUGUUAUUCGUCAGUAACAAUAGCACUACGAAGGGGCAUGACAACGCACACAGAGCCAUUUGGACUGGGCUCGCCCGAUCCAUCCGUCAGGAGUUCCCUCAUAUCCGAUUUCUUACAAUGGAUUUUGAAGACGGAGACAUUUUUACAAAGCUCUCUGAAUACUUGCCUCGUCUGAUGGAGCGUACCCCAGUCUUUGACUUUACGCGGCCUGCAUACGAAACAGAAAAUGAGUUCAUUGAGGUUGAUGGCCAACUCCACGUUUCAAGAGUGAAGCCCUCACAGGCGGUCACUGAUUACAUUUGCAGAAUGCAUCAGACGUCAGCUACCACCAUGACUCCCUUCCUAGACCGCGGCCGAACUCUCACAGCCGAGCUGGGAAUUCCUGGCUUACUUGAGACAAUUCGAUGGAAGGAUGACUUGGAAGGGUCGACACUUGGUGACGAUGAGCUACGAUUGGAGCUUCGCGCCGCCAGUAUUAAUUUCAAAGAUGUUCUCAUAGCUGCGGGCCAGCUUCCAGGAAUUACCAGCAUGCGCAACGACUGCAGCGGCGUCGUCGUCGAGGUUGGCGCCAACAUGCGGCACCGGUUCAAAGCUGGCGAUCGGGUAUUAGCCCUCUAUUCACGAUCAUACACAAACUAUCCUGUCGUUCAUGGAGACUGCUGCGAGACUAUUCCCGAAGGUCUGUCGUUUGACGAGGCCGCCAGCGUCCCUAUUGUAUGGGCAACGGUGUACUACUCUCUUAUUGACAUGGGCCGCCUGACUAAGGGUGAUAAGAUUCUCAUUCACUCCGCAGCCGGCGCCGUGGGCCAGGCUGCCAUCAUGUUGGCUCAGCAUAUCGGGGCUGAGAUCUUUGCUACUGUCGGUAGCCAGAGUAAGCGAGAGCUUCUCCAUGACGGCUUCGGAAUCCCCCACGAUCAUAUCUUCUCAAGCCGUACUACGGCCUUUUACGGAAGAAUCAAGGAUAUGACAGGUGACCACGGCGUCGAUGUGGUUCUAAACUCUCUGUCUGGGGAGAUGUUUCGUCAUUCUUGCAAUUUGAUGGCUCCUUUUGGACGAUUUGUCGAAAUUGGAAGAAAGGAGCUUAUGGAUGAUGCACUAAUGCCUAUGGGCUUUCUUCUCAAGAACAUUACAUUCAACUAUGUUGACAUGGCGCAAAUCAUCGAUAUUAAUAAGUCGCUGGCCAGGCGCAUCCUUCAUGAUGCAGUGGCUCUUCUGGCCAAGGGGUCCAUUGGUCCGGUGCGGCUGACAUCAAUGCCCAUGUCUGAUAUCGAGGCCGCAUUUCGUCUUAUUCAGGCCGGUAAGCAUCAUGGAAAGAUCAUCCUGAGUGUCGAAGCAAAUCAAGAAGUCAUGGCCAUUCCACCUGCUCCAGAAGUCGCAAAAUUCCAACCAGAUGCCACGUACGCAGUCAUCGGUGGGUUUGGUGGUAUUGGACGCGCCGCAAUCGAAUGGAUGGCAGACAAUGGCGCCAAACACAUUGUCUCACUCACUCGCUCAGGCGCCAAGAGCCAGCAGAAUCUCGACUUCGUUGAACAGAUCAAGUCCAAAGGGGUCAAUCUUGUCGCUGAGAAGUGUGAUGUGACUUUAGAAGCUGAAGUUGCUCUCAUCGCACGUCGCUUCAAGGAGGAAGACGGUCUGUAUCCAAUUCGCGGCGUCAUCCAGUCUUCCGUGGUUUUUGAGGAUGGGUUAUUUGAGCAAAUGUCUGCCGAGAGGUGGUGGAACGUACUUGGCCCUAAGGUUCAAGGCACCAAAAACUUGGACAAUUGCUUCCGGGAGGAUGUAGAUUUCUUCAUCGUGAUGUCGUCCAUCAUCAGCAUCUCUGGAAAUGACGGGCAGGCCAACUACGCAGCAGCAUGCUGCUUCCAAGACGAACUUGUGCGUCAGCGUGUGGCUUCUGGGCUCCAUGCCUUCUCCAUGAAUAUUGGCCCAGUUAGCAAUGUCGGUUGGUUGAGCGAGAGACCAGACGUGGCCAAAGAGGUUCAACGUCGCGGAUUCGGGGCUAUAUCCAUCUCCCAGGUGCUCUCCAUGCUGAACUACGCCAUCCUACACAAGUCGGACAGGAAUGGUCCAAGCAGCAGCGUGUGUGCGAUAUCUCCACCGCCGUACUCGGAGGACUCGAAUGAACAGGCCAAAAGACGAGAGACGAGGUUCGCCCACGUCGUCAAGAUACGAAAUGAGUCGCAUACUGCUAGGGCGGCGGACACAAACGAUACUCUGGCGCAGCUUGAUAACGCAGCCACGUUUGAAGUUGCGGUCGACGUUAUUUCCGGGGCCCUACUUCAGCAGCUUGCAAAAUUGAUUGCCACACCUAAGGACAUGCUGAGCGCCGACAACAGUCUGGAUCAUUAUGGCGUGGAUUCUUUGAUCGCGGUGGAGAUGAGGAACUGGAUCGUGGCCUAUCUUCGCACUGAUUUGCCUCUUAUGGUACUUAGAGGGACAGGUAGUAUUCGUGACUUGGCAAAGCUGAUCGGUAAGGAGUCGCCAUUAGUGGGCUUACAUUGAAACUGGCCUUGAGGUAUUACUUUGUUUUGCUAUCAAUUCGCCUUGGGAAACCUGGACCCGCCAUCCCCCAUGAAUGAACAAGGAUGAUCGAUACCGCUCAGGGUAACGUCGAAUCAGAUAGGUCAGUAACGAAUUCUACAAUUCGGGCCAAAAAUAUUAGCAAUUGAUCAUAUCUUAAG